UAAUAUCUAAAAAUAAAAUAAGCUUUCAGUUGUACGUAUUACUUGUAAUUAUACGAUUCAUGUGUUAAGGUCCAAUUCCUUACAGAUCGUGUGUUUCGUUUGAUCAGUAAACUUUACAUGAGAAAUCACAAGUGCAAUGUACGCGAAUGGAUACAAAUACUGGCUUGCCUACCGGAAAGGCUACUCAGGCUACUAUCGUUGUGCCCGCUACAAAGUCAACUGCCCGGGCCGGUGCAUGGUAAGCGAUGACGGAUCCGUACAGACCUCCACGCCUCACAACCACCCACCGGAAACGGAUCGUGCGGCAGUGGAACGGUUCCGGAAGGUACUAACGCGACGCGCGGCCACAGAAGGAACCGACCUGCACGAAAUCUACCUGGAGGAAGCAACCCGUAAUGGUGGACAUGCUGACGCUGCCCUAUUGUACACCUUUGCCCAGGCCGAGUCCUGUAUGAGAAAGGCAAGGAGGAAGUUGCUUCCGAUGGAACCCAGCGGAAUGGACGAAUUGGGCGAUAUUCUGGAAGGGUCGGAUUUGUUCCGGAUACACUGUGGAAACAGUAGGGACGCUUUCUAUCAGGGCACAGUCAGAGCCGGAGGAGAAAUGGCUUUGGUCAUGUGGCAUAAGAGGACUCUAGAUGCAGUUGGGAGGAUAGAUACGUUAUUCUUGGAUAGCAGUUUGGUAGUCUGCGCUAGUGGAUCAUCCAAGUACCAUGUAUUGAUGGGCGUUAUCGCCUGGCAAGAUAAAUGUGUUCCUGUGAUCUAUUCGGUCAUGAGUGCAAAAACUUCCGCAAUAUUUGCGAGGAUAUUCUUGUACAUAAGAGAACAGCUAAAAUCGAUAACAUUGAUAUUGACCGAGCCUUGUAGCCUAAUCCACAGCGCUUUAGCAGUUAAUUUUCCGGAAGCUACGAUUAAAGUGUACUGGUUUCAGUAUGUGACCGCAGUACUGGAUCGCCAUAAUGGGAUUAGUAUGGGAGCAGGGACUGUUGAUGGAUUUACGAGCAGUGCGUUGAGGAUGUUGUUGGUAUUGCCGCUGCUUCCAGCUGAACACAUGAACAGUGCCUUUGAAGCGCUUAAGAGUUGGAUGGACCGAAAACAUAUCUUAUCGGCAAACCUGCGCAAUCUUUGUGACUAUAUCCAUUCCCAUUGGCUUACCACCGUCGGAUCCGAGCGGCUAUCCCUGUUUGACCAUACACGAGGGACCACCAGUACACCCAACGACUUCCUACAAAAAUUUCGCGAUGAGAAUGACUUCCAGAAACAAUCUCUCUGGCAGUUGUUGGAAACGUGGACUCAGUUAGCCACCAAACAGUAUGUGAUAAUAAACAAACAUAUUAGAAAAAUGAAAAGUAGUAGUAAAAGCUAUAGAACUAAAAGCAAAGCCCAUCUGGUUCAAGAAGAAGCAAUCAGAAAAGCAAAAGAGUUGUGGAAGGAAAUGCCUGAAAACGGUAAAGAUCCACUUCUAUUUCUACAAGCCUGCAGUCAUUGCAUCAGUAAUGAUAUGUUAACGAAAAGGCCUUCAAAGGGACGUAGUGAAACGGAUAUGUGUAAACCUUCCAUUCCUUCGGAAAGCACGAUAGUUGAUCAACCUGAUUCUCAACAUGUAACAACAUUGGAUAUCGUAAACACAUCAAAUUCACAGAAGCCUGAAAUAGCUUCAUCAAGAGACGUUGAACCUCCUCCAUUAGUAUUUUUUCCUAAGCUAAGACAAGUUGAAUCGAGUGGGAUAGAAACAGGAAUGUUUCACAAUCAGACAGAACCACCACCGCUCGUUCCAUUCAGGAUAGAAAACCAUACAUUGUCACAAAUACCGUUUAGCACUAGCUAGAACUAUCAUGAAAUACACCGAGAUUGUUGAACACUGAA